AUGGAGAGCGCACCCACCGUCCUAAACAAACCACCCCCACCUUUCCCAGCACCGCCCAGAAGCGUAGACUUCUCUGCCCUCGGAUUCAUCCUCGGCCUCGUCGCCGUCAUCACCAUCCCUGCUCUCGUCUACGCUUUCUUCUUCUCCAUCAAGUGCCCUCCCAACCCUUUCCGCCGCCGGCAUCACCGGAGCUCCACCACCGCAUCGGGACCCAUCCGACCCGAACCCCACACCCUCAACCGGAACGACGUCAUUUCUGACGUCAAGUACCAGAAACAGACCCAUGUGAAGGAAAUUGGAACAGAGUGCCCUGUUUGCUUGUCUGUGUUUGCUGAUGGUGAAGAGGUCAGGCAGCUGAGCGUCUGCAAGCACUCUUUCCACGCUCUCUGUAUAAACAUGUGGCUUAAAGACCACUCCAAUUGCCCCAUUUGUCGAGCUUAUAUUGCCGUCGAUCGUAGUGGUGGUAACAAUCGAACGGCGUCUGGUGCAGCUAGAGAUAGAGAUGAUCAGCAACAAGGUUUGCCUGAUGCUUCGUCUAUGGUUUGA